AUGGCGGACCACAACGGCUUGCGUAUUCUACUGAUCAUCAUGACAGUUGCUAUAUACAUCGUCAUGGUGGUGUUCAACUCUCUGGCUGGAUCUGUCGGACAAAAAAUUGGACUAUUUAAGAACACAACCGGUGAAAUCUCGAAUGUGUUCAGACUCCAGAUCACCCCCGCGGGCUGGACGUUCAGUAUUUGGGGAUUCAUCUACGCAUGGCAGGCUCUUUGGCUUAUCUACGCCCUCACCACCAUCUGUCGUAAAACUAAAUCUGGAACCUACAUCUACCUACUUCCGGUUCUUCCUCCAGUCAUCUAUGUUUCAUACAUUCUAAACAACAUUGCAAACGUCGCCUGGUUGUUCGUGUGGGAUACACAGGAAAUAGUGUGGUCACUAGUGGUCAUUGCCCUUACCCCGAUCACGCUCUAUGUGGCACUGUUCUUCUCUUUUCGGAGGCUGUACCAUAACCUUGGAAAGCUAAAUAAGGAGAACGCUGUCAAAGACAUCUGGCUCAUCCGCCUCUUAGUACAGAAUGGCAUGGCUUUCUACGCCACCUGGGUUACCAUAGCCACUUUGCUUAAUGUUGCUAUGGUGAUGACAUAUAAAGGCGGCAUUUCUAAUGAAGAUGCCUGUACUGCCGUUCUGGGUAUGUUGUCUGCUAUCAUAGCCACGUGGGUCAUCCUAGAAAACACGGUUUUCGACCGUUACGUUCGGUACACCUUCAGUCCCUACAUUACCUUAACCAUGGCACUCGGUGGUGUGGUUUCUAAGAACUAUGACCUUGAUAUCCGUGAACGGAAUUCUCUGUUUUCAUUAACUCUUCUCAUCAUAGCUGGCGUGUUACUGCUCACUAAAAUUAUCGUAAUGCUUGUACGUCAUUUUAAAAAUCCUAUUUCACCAAAAAUAGAAUAUGAACCAACUAUAUGAGUGACACAACUGAAGGCCUGAGUUGCAUUCAGACCGGUGCUUUAAAUGUGCUGUUUUCUUAAGUGUAAUGAACAAAAUAAUAAUUUUAUUCCGCUUCUGGUCCGACAUCACAUACUUUUUAUAACACAACAUCAUAAUCUAGGUCUGCAUUACCUUAUAUAUAUUUGAUUGAUUUAAACGUACUUUAUUGCAUAAAUGCAGCAAAAGUAUUAGCUAUAAGUCAUUUCGACAUUGCAAAUACUUUCUCCAAAUAAGGAAAUCGCAUAAUCUGUUCACAAUGAAUACCAUCGUAGGAUUCAAGAGAAACAAGUUAACGAGUUGAUGUUUUCAUAUAGUGUUAAAUGGUUGUUAAAGUAGAGUGACAUGUUAGUUGACAGUUUUGUAUAUUGUUUAUCCGUUUCUUUAGGUGUAUACUGCAUGUCAUUCACGUAUUACUAGAUGUGAACAAUUGCUAUAUUUUCCGUGAUAUACUACUUGGUGCUCUAGUCUUACCGGUCUGACGUUGCUGGUAUUAAAUCUGAACCAUGUACCAAGUCAACGCUGUUAGGACCACCUUCAUUAGAUGCGAUUGUCUGCGUGUAUUUUUGUUAUAUCGUAAAUUUAUUUCAUUUUCUCUGUUAUUUAAGCCACUGUCUCGUCUUGUUUAUAUAACUGUAACGUCGCGGUUGUCUCCCUUAUACAAGUGAAGUACCUGUGUUAUUAAGUAGGGGAACAAUAUUUUCACAGAAACAAAUUUGAGAGCUUAUAGAUAACUUAUGUAUAUGUUUUGUACAUU